GCGUCGCUGUGCGUUGAGUGAGUUUCCCGCGACGCUCGCGGACGUUAGUAGCUUUUGUUCCCAGAGAAACUCUCGCAUGGACACCGAAUUAAAGUCGGUCAGAAACUCCGGCGGACGGUGAUCGUUAAAAAACGUUUAACAAACCUUCCAAAAGGCGAACUGACGAUCAAAGUCAAAGCAGAAACUCGGUUCAUCUCGAACUGGGAACUGAAAACUCUAACGUUACCAGAAAACUUCAGACACGAGCUGGAAAACUACUCACUGAUGAGUAUUUAGAGUUAUUUCAUUAGUUAUUCUGUAUUUUAGAAAACUCAGUAUUUAGAUGUACUCUUUCUUUUAGAGACUUCCAGACAUUAAUCGCAAACAUUUAACUCUUGGACGUGGCCCCAGAAAGAACGUCAGAAUUCUUCAUAUUUUAAGAGCUGAAGAGCGUUUGGUCCUGAUGUGGGAGUGAUCGGAUCGGAUCAGCGCUGCACUUGAAUGAUGAGCUUCAGUAGAUCUGUCCUGCACUGGAAUGGUCUGUGGCAAACAUGUGCGUUGCCAUGGUAAUAAUUCACACUAAAACACUGGAAAAGAAGGCCGUCGAUGAUGUAAUAUCCACAGAGUCUCUGCAGCUGCAUGAGCCGCCGACCAUGAGCCAGGGGACGGCCCUCUUCUCCUGCGGGAUUAUGGAGUCUGGACGCUGGCCGGAGGUGUGUGGUGUCCAGCAGCGACCCGUGGGCUCCAGUCUGGAGAGUCUGUGGGACAGUGUGCGAGAGACGGGCGCCAGCGGCGGGAUCAGCAGUCUGCUGCACGAUCUGAGUCUGAGCGAAGCGCCCUCUGCUGGCAGCGCCGCGCCGCCCAGUAAACGCCAGUGCCGCUCGCUGUCCUGCUCGGAGGAGCUGGGCUGCCGCUCCUCGUGGCGUCCGCAGGGGUCGCGCGUCUGGACGGCGGUGGAGAAGCGGCGCUGUCUCAGCGGGGGGAGCGUUCAGCGCGGCGCCUUCGCUCCGGCCGGGUUUCCCUGCAUGCAGCGCAGCUCCAGCUUCAGCCUUCCGACGCGCAACGAUCUGCCAGAGCCCUUCGGCUUCUCUUUCUCCGCGUCCCCGCAGACGCUCUACCUCUCGCAGGAGCGGAUCUGCCCCGCCGAGUCUUCACCCGACUCCACGCCCGAGCUGCAGCGCCGCAGACAGGGACUCGCCCGCAGCCGCUCACAGCCCUGCGUCCACAACCACAAGAAGACCGGCGUGAAGCGCAGGAGACCGGCGGACUCUCACAAACACAGGCCUUCACUGGACCUGCUCAAGAUGAGACAGAAGCUGCAGGACUUUCACAGUCUCAGCUGUCCAGGAAUCACCGGAGACGAGCAGACGAUGCUCCACACCGAGGGUGACCUCACGCUUGACCAGCACCAGACCAAAGACGACGCCGUCAUCCACCAAUCAGAGGCGGGGCGGAGCAACGGGAAGGAGCGUGAGUGUCUGUGGGCGGGGCUCUGCAGCAGGAAGGGGCGGGACUCGUUCCAGCUGGGCGGAGAUCUGGACAUCGAGCAGAUCGAGAGGAACUGAGGUUGGAUUAUUAUGGACGAGUGCUUCAGUGAGUGGACGCGGGACACAUGUAAUCGACUCAGGGUGAAGCAGACGGAGAACGUCACGUCUUCAGAGCGUGAGCCGAGCUCCGCAUGCGUUUAGAUUAGCAGGAGCCGACGUGAGAAACACUCGUGCUCUCACACACACACACACACACAAACGCGUUUUAAAGGGCUUCAGAUGUGUAACAGUAGUAAUAUCAGGUAAAUGAGUUCCUCACUGGUGAAAAAAGCUAUUAGAUCUAUUUUUGUCUUUUUACGUUGAAUAACUACAGAAGUAAAUGUACUUAUUUCUCUAUGAAUAAACAGCAUUUUAAUGUGUUUGUAAGAGC